UCUCAAUCACUAAAACACAAGACUGUGCGUCUGAGUGAAACGCCGGGAAGAUGACUACUUUCCUAAAAUUAUCACCAAAUUCGCAACUAGAAGAGGAUAAACUGCAUCUUGUACCUGCAGACAUUCAGUACAAUGGGCAAGCUAAUGUAAACUCCUACUUUGCCACAACUAUCAGACAAACUGAGGAUAAAAUGACAUCUAGUUUGAGAGGAAGACCUCUGCAGGGAGCAAAAUUUGAAGUGCCAUCAGGAUAUACUGGAAUCUUUCUGACUGAAUCUCGCAGACCAGUUGUCGAGGGUGAUGACAGAGAACUCACUGGCAGACAGACAUUUAAGGGUUUCACAUAUUGGAACCUGGACAGAAGUCCUGGAGAUGGGGAUGCCAUCAAACAAGCCAUGAACUGGAUAGGGAUUGCAAAAAUUCUCCAUUCACCUUUAAGUGCAGAGGAGGGCAGUCAAUCAAGUCUCAAGUCAGAAGUAUCAAUGUGAACAUUCAGAAAUAUUUUUAGCUAAAUAUUCUGCAGCUUGUUGUUGACAGUGUUUAUAAUCUUCGCAACUGGAUCACAGUACAGCCUAAAGUAUUUCUGUCUUAACGCUGUAAACAAUGUAUUUAGUUUUUUUGCAAUAAAUAUAACACCUUAAAA